AUGUACGCCUCCGAGGAGCUGUGGAACUCCACCGACCGCGUCUGGAUCAACGGAUCCGAGGCGAACUUCUCUCUGGGAAGACGCGGGGACGAGGAGGACGAGGAGGAGGGAGGUCAGCAUCCCUUCCUGACGGACGCCUGGCUGGUCCCCCUGUUCUUCUCUCUCAUCAUGCUGGUGGGGCUGGUCGGCAACUCUCUGGUCAUUUAUGUCAUUUCCAAACACAGGCAGAUGAGGACGGCGACCAACUUCUACAUAGCGAACCUGGCCGCCACUGACAUCAUCUUCCUGGUGUGCUGCGUCCCGUUCACCGCCACCCUCUACCCCCUCCCCGGCUGGAUCUUUGGCAACUUCAUGUGCAAAUUUGUCGCCUUUCUGCAGCAGGUGACAGUACAGGCCACCUGCAUCACUCUGACUGCUAUGAGCGGGGAUCGCUGCUACGUGACGGUCUACCCGCUGAAAUCUCUGCGCCACCGAACCCCCAAGGUGGCCAUGAUUGUCAGCGUCUGCAUUUGGAUCGGCUCCUUCAUCCUGUCCACCCCCAUACUGAUGUACCAGCGCAUAGAGGAGGGCUACUGGUACGGCCCCAGGCAGUACUGCAUGGAGAGAUUCCCGUCUAAGACGCACGAGAGAGCGUUCAUCCUCUACCAGUUCAUCGCCGCCUACCUGCUGCCGGUGCUCACCAUCUCUUUCUGCUACACCCUGAUGGUGAAGCGGGUCGGCCAGCCCACCGUAGAACCCGUGGACAACAACUAUCAGGUAAACCUCCUGUCUGAGAGGACGAUCAGCAUCCGGAGCAAAGUCUCCAAGAUGGUGGUGGUGAUCGUUCUGCUCUUUGCCAUCUGCUGGGGUCCCAUCCAGAUCUUUGUCCUUUUCCAAUCCUUCUAUCCAAACUACCGUCCCAACUACGCCACGUAUAAGAUCAAGACGUGGGCCAACUGCAUGUCCUACGCCAACUCCUCGGUCAACCCCAUCGUCUACGGCUUCAUGGGGGCCAGCUUCCAGAAGUCCUUCAGGAAAACCUUCCCCUUCCUGUUCAAGCACAAGGUCAGGGACAGCAGCAUGGCCUCGAGGACUGCCAACGCCGAGAUCAAGUUUGUUGCUGCAGAGGAAGGCAACAACAACAAUGGAGUGAACUGA